AUGUUAGGAUCUACAUACCUGAACAAAUUACCAUUACUUGAAGGGAAGCAGAGCGAAUAUUCAAUUCAAAGAAGCAGAAAGUAUGACGUUGGUGAUUUAUCAAUCAGACCAUUGCGAAAAUCAGCCGACUUUACGUCUCAAACACGUUCGAUCCACUGCAAGGCAGGUGAAGCAACUGCACAUGGCAAUGGGGUACCGGAUGAAAAGGAGCAGAAUUUACAAUUCCAAAUAGCUAUGCCUUCUUUCGUUUCGAUUUGA